AUGCUGCUUCCAAUCCCACCGUUGUUAUUGCGCCGCCGCCUUCGGAGUUCGUCGCCGUCUUCAAGGUCCGCCGUGAAGAGUAAUACAAAUGGAAAAGAAAACAAAGAAGCUGCUAAUGGGGAUUUGGGAAAAUGGCUCUGUUCUGCCUCUGCCUCUGGGUUCCGCAAGUUGCCAGAGUCCUUAGCUUUGAUAGGUAAAGCAAAUUUUUUAUCUGAUUUCUUGUUGUCUUUGGGUUAUUUCUGCAGACUGCUCAUAUUUGAUAACAUAGAGACUGGAAGCUUAAAGGAGCAUCUCAAUGGAAUACUUAUUUUUUUUAGUGAUCCACCAGCAUAUCAUGUCUCCAUCAGCUUAAGCAAUAUUAUGUUAGAUGAGAACUUUACAGCUAAAGUAAGGAAAUAG